AUGCGGCUGGAUGAGAGCAUAACAAAAGCCAGUGACGAGCAGUUACAAUCUUUGUGCAAUGCAGAAAAUGAUCCUGCACAGCUAUCAGAAGAGCAUUUUGCUCACUGGGAUAUUCCUGUCGAAAUAAAAAAGGCAUUUGUAGAACGCGCCAAGCAAGAUGAACCUGCGCUUGCCGCAUCUGACAGAUAUGCGGACGUGUUCUCAUCAUUAGAGUCAAACUCAAAAUCAGAUACCCUGUAUGCACGAUACCCCCUUUGUCACGAAUGUGCCGUCACUAUUAUUGCGACUAUGGAGCUAGAUCUCUUGUGUACAUUUCACGAACGUGACAAACUCGCUUUGUUAGAACGCGAGCUAGAACGUCUCGCUCUUAUCAAAGGAGAUAUGGAAAUGUCAAGUGACGACAGAAUGCGAUGGAAUCGCGACCAAAACCGGCUCGAGUGCGAUCUAGAGAAAAUGCACCGUGCGUGCGAAGAAACACGUGCGGCAAUGCGUAAGUUGGAUGAAGAGAAGGAGCACGUUCUGCAUAUGUUGAAUGACAUGGAUGCACAGUCGACUUCCCUGCUGAAAGAAGAAGAGGCUAUGUGGCACGCGUGGAAUGAACAAGUGGCUGAGUUCGAGCAGCUCGCUUGUGAAAAAGAACGGUUAGAUGCGAACCUAGCUGAGGAAUCUCGAAUUUUGUCCAACUUGGCCAACUCGAAUGCGUAUACGGAUGCAUUCUCUAUUGAGAAAGAUGCGUAUGGUAUGGGUGUGAUUAAUGGACUCCGCUUGGGUCGAUUUAGUGCAUCUAGACCUCCUCAAGACCAAGUGACGUGGACGGAAGUGAACGUGGCGUGGGGCCAACUGGCACUUCUUUUCAACCUGCUGUGUCGUAAACUUGGAUAUGAAAGUCCUACGCAUAAGGUCCACGCUCGAGGUGCACAAAGCACCGUGGAGCGACUAGCGCCUGAACAUGCUGAGUAUGAAUUGCAUGCGACGAGUGAAUGGCAUGUUGGGCGCUUAUUUCAUUCUCGCAGGUUUGACUGUGCUAUGGAGGCUUUUUUAAUGUCUGUGCAGGACUUAUAUAUGCACGCAAAGUCUACUAUGGAUCCUGCGCUAAUGUUGCCAUACUCUAUUCAACACGGUCGGAUCGGUGGCGUGAGUAUCCGCUUGCAAUUUAAUCAGCCGGCCUCUUGGUCACUUGCAACUUGUCGGCUCCUCGAAUGCCUUCAACACCUCCUCAGCUGGACGUUGGAGCGCGAAGCGCGUCAGGAACUGUCACGUGAUCUAUAG